UUUUCUCACUGGGCGUGUAGCUAGAGGCUUGGCCACUCUCUUCUCUUCUUUCUCUCUUUCUUUCUCUCUUUCAGUCCUCUACAUGUUGUUACCUACCUUCUGCUGCCCACCCUGCAUUUUGGAGGAUUUCAGAAGAUAAUUUAGCAGAGGUCAUCGUGACCGUUUCUGAAAAGUGCAAAGUUAAGACCUCACAGUCCCCCCACCGACAUCCUCUAAGGUCACUCACGGGACAUCAAGGUAAAUUCAUGUGACAUGAUGGCCUCUGAGCCCGGAACAACAAUCGGCAUCCUGGUGGCCAUGCUUAUCAUCCUGUCCGGUCUACUGGUGUUCCUGUAUCGACGUCUGAACCGUGACACCAACAACCAGUACACUGUCCGCAACAUCGUGCUGGGUGAAGGAGGCCUCCGUGACCGCGUGAGGUCAGGGGUUAUUACCGUGGAGAGAACGCUGGGCGUCCAACUGUGGCCCAGACCAAGGAGUGACGAGGACGAGGACGAAGACGAGGAUGAGGACGAGGACAGACAGCGACCUACGAACGGGGACGUGGAAACUGGACAGAACCAGACAGACAAGCGCAGUGAGGACGUCACAGCGGAGGAUCAGGACGAACACGGAGAUGAAGAAGACGACGAUGACGACGACGAUGACUACUCGAGCAUGGACGGAGCGGACCUUCGGGAACGUGCCAAACUGAUGAAGGAUGACGAGAAGGAGGAUGACCAACAGGAGGGGGAGAGGAGAAAAGGAGGGGAAGAAAAGGAAGAGGAGGGGGAGAAGGAGGUUUGUGGUUUGCUUGUCAACCUCCAGGAGUUGUCAGGCAGUGCUAUUUGGUCAGAGGAGAAGAAGAAGGACGAGGAGGAGGACAUUGAUCUGACCGCUUUGUGAGAGGACAAGAAGGGAGGAAUGGGGGGGGGGGGGGGGGCGAUUGCAGGCCAGGAAUAUGAUGCAUAAUGUACACAUUAUAGAUAUUAUCAGUAGCUUUGGACAUCAGUGGAAUUUCAUGGGUGGAUUUGAAAAUGUACAUUUGUGUGUACACUAUAAGUUUGCUGUGAAACAAAAUUAAAAUUUUAGCACAUCUUAUACUCUUCUGAAGUUGAUCAGGAGGAUUCUGAAUGUUUGGCGUAACUGACAGGCAUGCAUACUACUAUUCAAAAGUUUGGGGUCACAUGUUCAAGAAACAUAAAAAAAACAGGAUUGUUAGAUGAAUGCCAGGUUUUACGGAGAGGCCUACAAUCAUUUCAAUUUAAAAUCAUGACUCUUGCCACUGAAAUUUCCUAUUGAUGAAGUCAUACUAUUCAAUCUCAUUAACAGCAUUUAUUUUGUAGAAAACAUGGACCAGUGACUCGAAACGUUUUGUAUGGUAGGCCUGCAAUAGUGUAAAUUGAUAGUCCAUAAGCUAAACCUGACUGAGUUGUACAUAGAUGUGAAUAAUAUGAACUUAAUGGGAAAGCCAGAGACACAAACAAACUGAAAACUAGCUGUCUGUUGCUCUCAGUUAGGCAAUUUUGUCUUCGUCCUUCUCAAAGGUCAUAAAACCAAUGUUGUAGGCUACAGGUUUUGGCUGUUUUAAUAUGAAUACAUGUAAUCUUACAGGAGUGCUUUUAUUUGUUUACUUUUGGUACCUGUUAUUAUAGUGUUUUUUAUCAUACAUUUUAAUUCAGGUACGUUUCUAAGUGUCUCUGUGUGCCUUACCUUUGUUAAUAAACAUCUCAAGAGGU